UGGGAAGCUGCCGGCCGCCGUCGCGAGGAAAUGGGCCCUGGCGGGCGGAGUGGACCGCGGUCGGGCCAGGGGGACGCGGAGGGGGCGGUGUCGGCUUCUACAGCUGCCGCGGCCUCCUGCCGGUACAAGUGCAUCGAAUGCAGCCAGGAGGCCAGGGAGCUGUACCGCGACUAUAACCACGGCGUGCUGAAGCUGUCCAUCUGCACAUCCUGCCAGAAACCUGUAGACAAAUACAUCGAGUAUGAUCCUGUUAUCAUCUUGAUUAAUGCUGUUUUAUGCAAAGCCCAGGCCUACAGGCAUAUUCUUUUCAAUACUAAAAUAAACAUGCAUAGGAAACUCUACAUAUUCUGUUUGCUUUGUGAAGCAUAUCUCAGAUGGUGGCAGCUUCAAGAUUCAAAUCAGAACACCGAUCCUGAUGACUUUAUCCGAUAUGCCAAGGAGUGGGAUUUCUAUAGAAUGUUUGCAAUUGCUUCUCUAGAACAAGCUGCCUUUUUUACCGGCAUUUUUACUUUCCUGUGGGUAGGACGACUCAUGACAGCAAAAAAACAGCCCAGCUUUAUUCUGCUGCUGAAAGCAUUAUUAUUAUCUAGCUAUGGAAAGCUCUUGCUGAUCCCAGCUGUCAUCUGGGAACACGACUACACACCACUGUGCCUCCGACUCAUCAAAGUAUUUGUUCUUACAUCACAUUUUCAGGCAAUUAGAGUGACCCUGAACAUCAACCGAAAGCUCUCCUUUUUGGCCAUCUUGAGUGGCUUACUGCUGGAAAGCACCAUGGUCUACUUCUUCCAGCGGGUGGAAUGGCAUCUUGGAAGUGACUACGCCAGCUAUAAAUACCAAGACUUUUGAAGAAGUACAGAAACGUCUUAGUGUUCUUCUCUUAAUCCUUCUCAGCUUAGAUGUCAUUGUAUAACAGGUGCCCUUACAUAACCACCCCAGCACCUGAUGGCCUUUUAGGUCACCUACGUCUCCCUCAAGGACAACGGAAACUGUCUCCCGGGAUCCUCCACAUCCUCAGUGACAUCAGCAUUGUGAUUUUGUUGCUUCUAGGGCCCUCUUCUCAGUUUUGCUAACACUUGGCAUGCCAGCUCAGUCCUGUGAGAGCUCAGACUCUGGAAUCUCACCCACUGAUGGUUGCCUCCUACCCUUUCCCACCACCCUACCGCCUCUCUUCUGCCCUCCCUGCCUUGUUGAGCUUUAGUCUCUUGACCUCCAGCUUCUACUCUGACCAGCCUCAUUUCUUUCGACCACACGUGCAGCCUGGAGGCAGCUGCCGAGCUGUUCUCUGUCGGUCCCUUGACCUCCGUCAGCUGCUCCUCUUAUGUCAGACAUGCCUUGCCAGAGCUGUCUGGUGAGUCCCACCAUCCAUCCUGUCCACAGUGUGCAGCGAGUGUCACAUAUGCAGGCUGUCCCGCAUGUCCACAGAGCCUCAGCUGGACCACUGAUUGUCACCGCUAGUGAACUGCCUCAGGUUCUGGAAUCCUGCAGGCCCCUGACCCCCACGUCCGCGCUCACUCCACUGGGAAUGAAGACUGCUAGCUUCCUGGAUCUCUCCUCAGUGCCUCACAGCUCCUUGGCCAUCUCCUCCCCCCAUCCCUUCCGCCCGCCUCAGAAUUCUGCUCAGCUUCCUCUUGGGACUGGUUCCCUUCUGUGGCCUCUGGGCAGGGCCCUGGAGUGGACUCACAAGCUGGCCUGAGGACAGCACAGAGGUGGAGGAAGAUGGCUGCAUCUGUGGCCCACAGAGGGAAAGCUCAGGCAGCUCCUGGUCACCCCUGCUCAUCUGUCAGGGACCCUCACAGAGCUAAAACACCACCCUCCCUCCUGCCACCUCUGCCCCCCUUCACGCUCAGCCACUACCCCGUCCUUUCCAGUCCUUUAGGGGUGUUGCUCCUUAUCCCCUCCUCUGCCAGGGCUCCUUUCCCUCUGGCAACGGUCAGGCUCAGCUCUUUCUUCUGGAGCAACUGGUCUAAGCCUGUUUCUCCACUACCUUUUCUCUUUAUAAAAAUGUGUUCUCCCAUAGUCUCUCGUGUGUCUGUGCUCAUCAAAGCCACAGAGAAGCUAGUCGUUGCCAGUUCUUUCUCGGAGGCACCUCUUUGCUGUGCCAUGGGGGCUGCUGACGCAGUGCCCUCCUGGGACAGGCUGCCUGUGGGUCGUUUUUCUCCACGUCCCCUCUGCACAGAUCAACCCCCCUCCCACCGGCACAGGAGCCUCCUCCAGGCCGAUCGCCAGCUCCUGUCUCUGUGCCCCUUCCCCCCGACUGCCUCAGCCAGGAGGCCAGUGCCCUGCACACACGUCAUCCCUCCUCCCACCCGCACAGGAGCCUCUGCUGACAGCUUUCUCUGGAAAUGUCCCUUUUCCCUCAGACCCCAGCUCACCCCUUAUCUCCUGCCUUAGUUGGUAACCCUUCACUGGCCUUCCAGCCAAGCUGGUGCCAUGGAAAUCUUUACCCAGCAGCACUUCCAGUGUCCAUCCGCGUCUUGCACCAUUCUCACUGUGGACACAGGCGUUUCCAGAGUCUCCUGAGGAAGGUCUUCUGUUUUCUGUAGGAUUCAGUGUGGUCCCCACACCCGGUCCUUAUUUCUCCUCCACGGGCUCUUCCGACGCCCAUUCUCUGCUGCAGUCUCCUCCUCGUCCCAGACGUGUCCUGUUCUCUCCCCAAGCUGAGCAGCCUCUUCUCUUCCUAACCAGACACAGUCACCUCUGCUUCUCCAUGGAGUGAAACUCGGCAAACACUGGAGUCUGCAGUGCUCUCCCACCAUCACCCUCCCACACCCAGGCCUGCGCAGCUGCACGGCACCUGGGACCUUGUCUCGCUCCCACACUGCUGAACCCUGGUCGGAAGGAUGAGGUCAUCAUUUGAGAGCCAUUAUCCCCCUUAAUGUCAUCCCAUGCUUUAUACUUGUCCACAUCUUCUGUUUAAAUUGUGCCUGUGCCUGACUCCCCCAACCUGGUUGGUUCCAGGCAAUACCGUGUAUGCGGUGACUGCAUCUCCCAUCGUACAGGGCUUGACCUCCUCAGCUUUGGUUGAUUGGAUUUUCAGCAGAAAGUGCCAUUCUGAAUGCUUUUAUGACCCACAGUUUUGUUCUGUACUCUGUGGCAUGACCAGCUGCGCUGGAAAGAGAGAAAAGAGAACAUACAAACCAGGCUUCUAAUUCCUGUUGCACGAAAUGAAGCAAAGAUAUGGAUACACUUCCUGGAAAGAAAGCCACAGCUGUGGCACUGGGAACCCCAACCUACAACCUCCCUCACAUAGGGAGCGGCUACACCACACGCACACACCCUCCCACACGCCCAGGGAAGAUUGCUGUAGGGAUUGACAGGCACAGCAAGUGAAGAUGUGCACGUUACAGACAACUUCAGAUGAGCAUUUGCAUUGAAAGAAGAACAUGAAUUUAUGAUUCACACAUCAUGAAAGAUCUGUUUCAUUCCUUUGACGUGUUUAUAUCUUUUCAAUUUAAAUGUUACUGGCUUUAAAUAGCAUAUUUAAAAUAUUUUGUGUUAUACAACAGUAGAAACAUUUUCUUUUAAUAAAGUCAAAAUAGUUUUGUGA